UCCUAGCCACAGUAGCUACGUGUAACUGCUCACAUCUUAAUACACAAUAGUUUUAAGGCUUUUAGCUUGCUGUGCGGCUAACUCGUCGUCCAAGCUGGCUUUCUACUAGCUAACUGUGUUUUUCCCAUUUAGCAUUAAUAUCGUAUCAGUGGACGUUGAGCCAGACGUGUCAACAAUUAAUGAACCAAGUCCAAUCAAGGAUUGUUAGCUGAAGAUCGCGUUAACUGGCUUGACAGACGAUUUUGAUAAGCGUUACUGUGUUAGCAUUAGCUGUUUUGAUUACCGAUGUUUGACGAGCUCCGCUGCCCAACAACAACCACGAACCUUAAUCGUGUUGAUAUUUCGAAGAGACAGUCAAAGUAAACAGCACGCCAGAUCGCCAGAUAGUUAACCUAGCUAAGUAACUAACGCUAAUGCCCCUUACUUUAGUUAACCAGUCAUUUUUAACACUAUUUCGGUCAAUUUACGGUGCCGCACUGGCUUGCUAACUAUAAGUUAGCCUGUUUGGACUCGCCUUGUUGAAUCGCAAACUCUCAACUUGAAAACCGACCUGUAACACCGCAACGUUACCUAUUGGUAUAUCUUUUGAAAUCUGACAAUGUUUAAAAGAAAGUUAAUUUAUCCAGAGUUAUCUUGGCACGUAACAUACGAGCCCUUGUAGUUCGUUUAGGUUAGCUAGCUGCUCGAUUAGCCGCAGAGCUUGGCAGCCGUGAUUAAUUUGUUCACCUUUUUACAAACGUUUGGGUAUGAUUGGGAACUAAAGCCAGCUGUGGCUGCCGUGAUGCACUGUGAUCCUUACAUGUGACUGCUAAAACAAUGAGGCUGAGAAUGCGUAAGGCGUCUCAGCAGCCGAACCCCAGUCUGGCAACUCGCCCAUCCCGGACCAAGCGGAGGCAUUCAGAAGUAGAAGAGGACACACCUACCAGCGGAGGGAGGGGCCUGUUCUCAACGAUCAAGAAGUUCAUCAGAGGAAAUGCCGUUAAGGUGCAGCAGGAGAGCCCAGCCAAGAAGACACGCCUCCACUGUGAUGUGGACAACAACCUGAUCACCUCCACAACCCCGAAUACCAACACCCCCCGCAGGACUAUCAGCAGGGAUGGCAGGAGAGGCUCUGUCAAUGGAGAGGCAACCAAUCAUGACAGGAGUAAGGAGAAGCCCAACGGCAGCCUGGAGGAGACAACAGCUGUCGAGGUGGCCACCAGCCCUCCCAGGACCACCCUUCUUGGGACCAUCUUCUCCCCUGUUUUCAACUUCUUCUCACCAGCUAAAAAUGCUUCUUCUGGCUCAGACUCCCCAGACCAGGCGUUGGAGGCUGAGGAGAUAGUCAAGCAGCUGGAGAUGGAGCAAACUGUGGAGACGCCCACCAGCACAGCCACAUCCACACAGGAACUGUGUACCACCACUAACUUCUACUCUAGUGUAUCCCAGCUGCCACCUCUGCGACCUCCACACAUCCCCGAUGUGUCCCCCACAGCAGAGGAGGGAGAGCUGGACGCUGAUCCUGACCUUCCACCCCUCACAGCUCCAGGCUCCAGUCCAGAUAUGGCAUAUGUGGACUCUCCUCCCACCGCAGUGCCACCAGAGGCAUCCUAUGAGGAAGACUGGGAAGUCUUUGACCCGUAUUUCUUCAUCAAGCACGUCCCUCCACUGACGGAGGAGCAGCUCACUCGUAAGCCAGCCUUGCCGUUGAAGACACGCAGCACGCCUGAAUUCUCUCUGGUCCUAGACCUGGAUGAAACGUUGGUUCACUGCAGUUUGAAUGAGCUGGAGGACGCAGCACUUACCUUCCCCGUCCUCUUUCAGGAUGUCAUUUACCAGGUGUAUGUGCGCUUGAGGCCGUUCUUUAGAGAGUUUCUGGAACGUAUGUCUCAAAUCUAUGAGAUCAUCCUUUUCACAGCCUCUAAAAAGGUGUAUGCGGACAAACUGCUCAACAUCUUAGACCCCAAGAAGCAGCUAGUGAGACACAGGUUGUUUCGUGAGCAUUGUGUCUGUGUCCAGGGAAACUACAUCAAGGAUCUCAAUAUUUUAGGCAGAGAUCUGUCAAAGACCAUCAUCAUCGACAAUUCACCACAAGCCUUUGCAUAUCAGUUGUCCAAUGGGAUUCCCAUCGAGAGCUGGUUCAUGGACAAGAAUGACAAUGAGCUGCUGAAGUUGGUGCCCUUCCUGGAGAAGCUGGUUGAGAUGAACGAGGAUGUGCGGCCGCAUGUUCGGGAGAGGUUCCGGCUUCAUGACCUGUUGCCCCCUGAUUGAACUGGACUAAGUCUCUCAGAACGGGACAACGUGAAAAGACUGAACACAACAUGCGUGUAAAAAGCCCCUCUUUGGAUUACAAACUACAACAUUGCCAUUACUGUUAAAAUUUUAGCCUUCUUCCCCGCCCCCUUUUUUUGUUUUUAAACCCACCAUUGCUUUUUAAAAAAAAAAACUU